GUGAGGUUGUACGCCGAUGAUCCUCUCCAGCGAGUCUAACGAAACGAUACUACGUACGCGAACCCCACACCCCGGCCGUUUCUGUUUUGUGUUCAGUUCUAUUAUUUGUGUUCGUUGUGCAUGUGCCGGGUUACUGUGCUAGGCAGAGUUCUGGUUUGAUCCGCUCCACGACCGAGAUGGCCCUCUUCAGGAGAUCGCUGGUCUGUCUCGCUACGCUCACGUCGUGCAUGGGCAUUUUUAUUGGCGGAGAGCAGGAUGUGGGGAGUCCCCUGAGGGUUGCCCAGUGCAGGGCCACUUGUCUCGAAAGGUUCUCCAAUGACGGACCGAACGGGGAGUCGAUGUGUCUACAGGGACCCGAUUGUUUCAUGUGUUGGGAAAACUGCGAGCUGCUCCAGUCCAACUUCCAAGUGUGGGGUGCCAUGUGUGAAGAGAAGGAGAUUUGUUUCCCUGGGUGCCAGGAAGCCUGCAGAUUCCACGCCGAAGCGGCCACCCGCACCCAACAGACCCAGCCGGUCAUCCACACCAAAGGCGAGGGCGUUAUUCGAGUCUCUGGAGCUUUGGCGCGCUGGCCAAGGCCGUCUUCCAUCGACUCUCAAACUCCACUGGUCUACGUAGUCAUGAGAAAGUCACAGUCUGGACCGUGGAGGCAGAUCAUCCAGACUUUGGACCACACGACGCGAGUGCCCAUGAAUUCAGACCAAGGCGGAGCUAUGCUACGCGUCCUGGUUGUAGAUCCCCAAGGGUUGGUGACGAUCUACAGUCCUGACGAAGCUAGCGUUCGUGAAAACAAGAAGAGAAAGAAGACUAUUAACACAGAGAUAAAAGCAACCACUAGUAAAACCACAACUACUGACGCUGACGCUCCUUGGAUGCUACGAGAAGUUUCUUUGAUCCACCAGAAGGUCCUGGUGAUCGGAGAGAUUGCUUGGGAGCCGAAAGCUAUUCGUGGGGUAUACCUGGUCACCUGGGAAGUGGACGGUGGUGGGUUGAAAGGAAAUCUGUUUACAGAUUCAACCUGCGUCACCCUUUCCUUAUGGCCUGAUACUAUCUACCAUAUCCAAGUGGAACUGGUGUCUAGGAUACCAGGAGUUGAUAAUCUCAAGUCUGAGAUGAUGGACUUGGACACAGGCCGAGCGCAGAAGGUGUCUACAGAGACCGACAUGAAUAUUAUCCCGGAAGAAGCACCCGAUGAUGUUAACGUGAAAUCUCCGUUAUUUUCGGUGUUGUUCAGUGCAAUGCGUGGUGAAAAUGCUAGACACAAGUACCAGAACCUUGACUUUGUAUUGGGUGGUUUCGCCGCUGUGUUGUUGUUCGCGAUAGUGUUGGCGGUGGUAGCUUGGAGGUGUCGGAAGAGGCACGGAAUGGCCAUAGACAACAUGAUCACCGGGUCUACGACGGUGCGGAGUCAGAAGCUCGUGGAAGACUUCACGGGGUACACAGGUUUCCAUCCGAUCAUCACCGUGAUGGGCCCCUCGAUAGAGCCCUCGCUGAACCCGAGCCCCAGCGACACCCCCGAGGUGGCCUUCCAGGGCAACAGCAACUUCCUAGUCCAAAGUGAAAAGACUGUGCAGGUGUGACGACACAGUAGCGACGCCUUAGCUGCUCGCGCGGAAAGUUCCUAAAAGAGUGAGACGAAGAGUGUUGUGCGAAUAGCGCCGCGCGCGGGCGGACGGAAAAAGACAACAAAUAAAUGUAUAUGUGUAUAAAAACUAGUCUAUGUCGAACAUUCUCAAGAAGCAAAAUGUCGAGGUGCAAGCUUAAACGUUUCUUUUAAAUCGACUUUACAUUCGAAGUCUCUGUGGAUUUAAUGCUCAUGGUGUAUUCGUUGCAAUUCUCUUGAAAUUGUAUCUAGUGUAAUGUAAGAUCAUGUUUUAUUUUUGACUGUGUUAUUUUUAUUAAGAUGUUUACUUAUUUAUUGAUAUAUAUUCGUGUGAACUCCUCAACAAAUGGAAAGGUUACUGAAAACAAUGAAAAUAUUUUGUUGCUUAGGCUGAAUUCUGUUAAUAUAAAAAAAUUAAUUAAUUUCGAACUUCCACGUGUCUAUAUAGUGGACAUUGCAUAUUCAUAGGAUAUUUAUUCAAUAAAAAAUUUAAACAAAUUUAUUCCCUCCGACAUAAUACGAACGUUUCCAAUAUUUAACAUUCUCUGAAUAUUUAUGAAACGCUAUUCGAAUACGUACGGGAAAAAUUGAGUAGUUUUUAUUCCCGAGCAUAAAAAGUUUUAUUACAAUGAAGGGAAAGACCACCUCGUACGUUAUUUCCACUUGUUGAAGAGUUCAGUUGCGCUGUUAGGACGUCGAUUUUUUUUUCUCUAUAGAAAUUGUAAUUAUCUUGUAAAUAAGAUUCGCCUAAGUUCUAGGGGUCGCUAAAUCAAAAAAUGGAAGCAUUUUAUCAAACUCUAAUUGUGAAUAUCAAAAUGUAAUUGUCAAUAUUCGGACUCUAGCUCAUCUAAGUAGUGUUGGCCAUAGGUUAGCCUCAUGAUUCAAGUGUGCUCUUCUGUCUCAUAUCCAGCGCGGUGGCGGCCAUGCCCAGAGAAUCAAUUCUUUACCUGGGCGAACUUCUCUCAGCCUCACGAUAGCGCGCAGGACGUAUUUUCUGAUAAAUUUUAUCUAAUUGCAAGAAAAACUUUAUUUAAUCUCCUUUGGACUGUGCAAAAUGUAAUCAAAAGCUCACGAAAGUUUUUUCGAAUAUUACGCACUCUAAAACGUCAAAUUCCGUUUCAAGUGGUUUGUGUAAUUUAAAAAUUAAAACAGUUGCAAUAUAUUUAGGACCAGUUUUACAUGCAUUUUAUUGUGUCACAAUUAUAGUCCAGUCACUGAGGGCGAAAAUAAGGUAACAGCUCCCAAUUUUUUCGGAUAGCAUGGAUUU